AUGGCUCGGGUACUUCGAAUUCCUCGAUCCGAUGAGCAGGAUAGCUUCAUCCUGAUCCAUGUGGUGAGUUCAGGAAGUGGUCCGCUCAACUUAACGCUCACAGCCACUGAAGGCGAAUGCCCAUAUGCAGCUACUAUCAAGGCAUCCCAGCUGAAAGGGCUUCGUGCCAAGAACUACCAGGGCUCAGAUGAUGAAUGGACCCAAAUCAUCUCUUAUAUCUUGAAGCAAUCGACUUCAAGUACAUCUUCAGCGGCAUACACUGGAGUAGAGACCUCCGCGAGUAUCACAGGCUCAGAUGAUGAAAACAAAGAACUUGUCAUUACGAUCCGAAAACGGGUUCAAUCCAUCACGCAAAAACUAGGAUCUAUCACCCUCAAGCAAGAUGAUGAUCAAGCCAUUGAACUUUUUGAGUGGUCGGGUAUCUCUCUCGCCAGAGUGGAAGAAUUGGAAAAUCAAACCAUCGAGUUGUCAGAUCGGUGCCGCGUUGCAGAUGAAACGAUACAAAAGUUGAAAGAGCAGCUCGAUGAAUUGAUCAAAGCCAAAGUACAGCAUGAAUCUAAAUUGAUUGCCAACUUUGCUCAGCUCUUGAAUGAGAAGAAACUCAAGAUCCGCAACCAGCAACGACUUCUCUCUGCCGCAACAGUCGACCCUUCAAAAGUUGCGGAGAUACGAGCCCACUCUGUUCAGUCGCAUACAGCUAAGGGAGAGGAAAAUCUUGCUAAACGAGGCGCACAGAGCCUGGACGACACAGAUGAUGAGAGUGAUGAUGGUUUUGAGAAAAUGGAUGUGGAUAAACCGAGAUCUGGGAAUUCAUUGGAGGACCAGGAUACAGAGGAUGAAGAUGAAGAUGGCAGUAGGACAACAGACGAUGACUCUGAUGGGUCCAUGCAGGAUGAAGUACCAUCCAGCAAAUCCCAAGAGCAGGAUAAUGAUGACCCUCAGCGCUCUAACACAAAGGAAGCGACGCCUCCGCCGCGGAGAGAACUGCCCUUCACGAGGCGGAAACCAGCUGAACAGCCCGAGGCAGCCCCGAUUCAGAGCGAGGUACAUGUAGGUGGAGAAACUGCCGGAGAGACUGAUGAUGAUGAGUUAUAG